AUGGCUAUGCUGAAGCAGUUGAUGGUGAAUGUGCCUUUAGUGGAGGCAUUAGAGCAGAUGCUUGGGUAUGCUAAGUUCAUAAAAGACCUGGUGAUGAAGAAGAGAGUAGUGAGUUACAAAUCCGUACAUAAUCUUCAUCACUGUGGUGCUAUAUCAACAAGGUCUUUGGUGCAAAAUAAAGUAAACCCAGGAGCAUUCUCGAUUACUUAUACUAUCGAGUCUCUUGGUUUUGCCAAAGCUUUAUAUGAUCUGGGAGUAAGCAUCAAUUUGAUGCCGCUCCCUGUCUAUAAGAAGUUGGGUCAGGGGGAUCGUAUACCUACAAAUAUGUUAUAUGAUGUGUUAGUAAAGCAUAAGGAAAUAAGUGGGUUCUCUAUUGUUGAUGUAUACUUUAAGGAUGAGAAGGAAGUUUUGAUUGAAGAGAAAUUUGCUGUCGAACCCUUAGCUGCACUCUUGAUGAAUUUCGAUAGUGAAGGCAUUGAAGAGUAUGAGGAAAUUAUUUGA